AUGGAGAAAUUUUUGAAAAGAAAAAAUGCGGACAUUGUACUGGACCCUGGACAAAAUCCGGGCCCUAGUAUGAGUGGAGGUGAAAAGAAAGCAAAGACAAGGCAAUACAACGAAAACUAUCUUUCAUUUGGAUUUACUUGUACCGAAGAUGCAACGGCACCGACUCCAUUGUGCUUGGUAUGUGGUGAAACGCUCUCCAACGGUGCUAUGGUUCCAAGCAAGCUCAAACGACAUCUUGAAACUAAACACCCUUUACUUCAAAAUAAAAAUGUGGAUUAUUUUGUUCGCCUGCGUGAUCAGACAAAGAAACAGGCCACUUUCAUGAGAAAAACCGCAAAGGUGAACGCGAAAGCCCUUAAAGCUAGCUAUCACGUAGCUGAACUUGUGGCUAAUCAAAAAAGUCCCACACUGUGGCAGAGCAAUUAA